GAGAGGAGCAGCUAAUGGGUUUACUAACAAAGGAAGCUAUUUCUAAUUUCCGGUUUCGGCCAGGCCUUACAUUUGGUUGAAGCAAUCAGGUAGGGUAGGGUGUAACGGUUUUGACUUGCUUGUAGGAGUGCCAGGUAGAUUGUGCCUACCAGAAAAAAUAUUGAUUUCUCCUUUUAGUUUGGGAGGGAAUGAGUUUUUUAUAUAUAAAAAAAUAUCUAACGUUUAACUAGGCAAGUCAGUAAACUACCCCAGCCAAACCGUUACCCGGACGACGCUGGGCCAAGAGUGAUCGAAAUAACGUGUUUCACCAAGUUAGGUGUGAAGUCAUGACAACGUUGGAUGACAAGAUCCUGGGGGAGAAGCUGCAGUACUACUACAGCAGCAGUGAGGAUGAGGAAAGUGACAAGGAGGAUGAUGAGGGGGAGCACAAGACCAUCCGCAACCCAGAUGUACUGGAGCCUGAGCUAGAAUACAGCGCUGACGGUAGUGCCAUCAACACAGGGCCCAAGGGGGUGAUUAAUGACUGGAGGAAGUACAAACAGCUGAAGGUGGAGCAGAAGCAGGAGCAGAAGGAGGAGAUGGAGAGACUCAUCAAGAAGCUGUCCAUGACCUGCCGCUCCGACCUGGAUGACGAAGCCGACGCCAUUAAACAGAAAGAGAUGCAGGACAAGAUCCAACACAAGAUGACCAUGCAGGAGUACAACAUGCUCCAGGAAGACGAGGAUGACGAGGACUUCCUCCAGCAGUACAGGAAGCAGCGCAUCGAGGAGAUGCGCCGGAAGGUGUUGCGCGGUAAGCGCUUCGAGCAGGUCUACGAGCUCAACAGUGGCGAGGAGUUCCUGGAGGCUGUGGACAAGGAGGACAAGGCCUGCCUGGUUAUGAUCCACAUCUACGAGGGCGAGGUGCCUGCCUGCGAGGCAAUGAUGGGCAGCCUGCUGUGCCUGGCACAGGAAUACCCCCUGGUCAAGUUCUGUAGCGUGCGUGGGUUGGUUAUCGGCACCAGUGCCCAGUUCAGGGGCAGCGCCUUGCCAGCACUGCUGGUAUACAAAGGAGGAGACCUGAUUGGGAACUUUGUGCGCAUCACAGACCAGCUAGGAGAGGACUUCUAUGCUGUGGAUGUGGAGGCGCUGCUGCAAGAGUAUGGGCUGCUGCCGGACAAACCUGUCCUUGUCGCAAAGACCAUCCGCAACUGCGCCAUCACACAGAGCGAUGACUCUGACCUUGACAUAGACUAGAGAACAGACCUGCACAUAAAUAGAAACAUAGACUAGAACCCCAAUGUGUACACACACACACACACACAGUCGACAGACUAGAACCCCUACGUACACACACACACACACACAGUCGACAGACUAGAACCUCUAUGUACACACACACACACAGUCGACAGACUAGAACCCCUACGUACACACACACACACAGUCGACAGACUAGAACCCCUACGUACACACACAGUCGACAGACUAGAACCCCUACGUACACACACAGUCGACAGACUAGAACCCCUACGUACACACACAGUCGACAGACUAGAACCCCUACGUACACACACAGUCGACAGACUAGAACCCCUACGUACACACAGUCGACAGACUAGAACUCCUACGUGUACGCACAGUCGACAGACUAGAACCCAUACGUGCGCGCUCACACACACACACGGUCGACAGACUAGAACCCCUAUGUACACACACAGUCAACAGACUACAACCCCUACGUGUACACACACACACACGGUCGACAGACUAGAACCCAUACGUGUACACACACACACGGUCGACAGACUAGAACCCCUAUGUACACACACAGUCAACAGACUACAACCCCUACGUACACACACACAGGGUUGACAGACGGGAACCCCUACGUACACACACAGGGUCGACAGACGGGAACCCCUACGUACACACACAGGGUCGACAGACGGGAACCCCUACGUACACACACAGGGUCGACAGACGGGAACCCCUACGUACACACACAGGGUCGACAGACGGGAACCCCUACGUACACACACAGGGUCGACAGACGGGAACCCCUACGUACACACACAGGGUCGACAGACGGGAACCCCUACGUACACACACACGGUCGACAGACGAGAACCCCUACGUACGCACACACACACACACACUGUCGACAGACGAGAAACCCUACGUGCACACACACAGGGUCGACAGACGGGAACCCCUACGCGCACACA